AAAAUUUCAGAAGGUGGGAAAACUCAAAUCACUUUCCCAGAUCCGGCCGAUAAUCAGAAGCUCCAUUCUCCACACCCCCUCCCCCCCACAGGAAACAUCCACCGGCGCACACUUUCAAAAUUACACCACACACCACUUUUCCGGUUCACUUCCGGCGACCGUAAAGUCCACUAAAUCUGUAAACUGACAACAGCAAUGGCCGAAACCCUAAGCCCUAAUACCAAACAGAAAGGCCCAUUUUCUCCGACAAAAUUUGUCUUGGGCUCCAAUGAUGACAAGCUUGAACGUGCUCGAGCACGCGCCGCCCGUGCUGCCGUCAUCCGUCGCAAACCUCUCCCUGUCCCGCCUCCGCCAUCUACUUGUCUUGACGAGCAGCAGAUUCUCGAACUCUUCCAGAAUUGCAUCAAACUCGCCAGUGAAAAUAAAAUUAAUCAGAAGAAUACUUGGGAGCUAGGUUUGAUUGAUCAUCUAUGCGAAAUCGUUAAAGUUGAACAAGAGAAUGAUUCUGAGACCAACUUUCAGAAGGCUAGUUGUACCCUUGAGGCUGGAGUUAAGAUUUACUCAAUGAGGGUGGACUCAGUACAUUCAGAGGCAUAUAAAGUUCUUGGAGGAAUCAAUCGUGUUGGUAAAGGAAAUGAUCAAGAUCCUGUUGUAGAGGAUGCCAAUGCUGAAAAUGACCAGGAGGAAGGUCAUCCCAGAGAAGAGCAAGAAAAAAAGUUAUCACCUUUAUCAACACUAGAGUCAUCAUUCGAUUCUAUCAAUGUGAAGAAAUUUGAUGCCGCUUUUGCUGUUGACCCUCUUUAUCAUCAGACAUCAGCUCAGUUUGAUGAAGGUGGUGCAAAGGGUCUUUUGUUGAAUAACCUAGGAAUCUAUGGUACUUGCAGUGUCCUUUUCGAUUCAUGCGAGAUACCUGGGAAGUCAAUACCAGAAGCAAUUCAGAAUGAUAGAACAGAUUCCAUUGAUAUAUGUUUUGCUAAAGAUUGUGUUGAAGAAAUGGUAUUGAAUAUGCCCAAGAAGGACGAGAUAUCACCGAGUCUGAGGCAUAUGAUUUGUCAAUUCAGUGGAGAGAUGCAGGUUCCAGCUGAAACAGAUUUUUCUGGCCAGCUUUCACCAGAACAAACUUCUGAAUCGUUUGGCCUAGAUGUUGUUGAUGAUGGUGCAUUUGACAAUUGUGGAGCCUGGCCAAUGGAUCAUGAUGAUGGAAUAGAUGUGGCAGAGCAAGGCUCUCAGGAUGUUGAUCAAAUUUCAUCAAGCCAACAGGAGGGCAGUGAACCAUUUACUUUUCCCGAUGCUGAGGAUGAUGACAGAUCUGAGAGAGUUGAUGAUUACUUGUUUUUAAGUUUAGGAUUUUCUUCGAAGCACAAUUCCUGGGCUGGUCCUGAUCAUUGGAAGUAUCGGAAGGUGAAAGAGGAGCCUUGCAAGGAAGAUGGAUCACCAGUAAGGACUAAGAAAACAAAGAGCAGAAAAACAGAACCUGAAAUUUCUUUCACAAAAGCAUUGGACACUGAUCUAUCGCAUGUCUUUGCUCCUCCAAAGAAUCCCAAGUUACUACUCCUUCCAGCAAAUAGAACACCGUGUAACAGGUUACUUCCAGAAGAUUGUCAUUAUCAACCUGAGAAUCUUGUGAAGCUGUUUCUCCGACCCAAUGUCACGUGCCUCGGAAGGAAAGGAAAGAAAGUACCAGGUGAGAUAACUUUUAUGCCCAUCUGCUGUUGUUAAACUUUUGUACUUUGUUAUAAUUGAGGACAUGUAUAACAUUUAUGGUAAUAGAUUUUGUUGCAGCGAAUUGAUUUCAUAUUGCAAAUGUUGAAUCUUGAUUCAGAUACUGUCACGACCCAAAAUCCCAAGUGCCGUGAUGACAC